CACGCAUCGCACACCAUGAGGGCCACUUGGAGAUUAAGAAACACUAUCCCCUCCCUUGAGGGCGGUGCUGGUCUUUGGAGGAGCGGCGCCCCAGGAACCCACCCGUGGCGUAAACCCGUCAAGUACGACACCUUCAAGUCGCAAUAUGGACCUCAGUACAAGAUCGCGAAACACAUCUACGGCGUAGAUGCCAGGAAGGCCAUGUAUCUCGGCUCUGUCGCUGGUGCUCUCGGCCUUGCUGCAGGCGUUGGCGCCAUUUUCUUCCUCGAUUCCGUGCCAAAGGUCAAGCACGACAUCCUCUCCAAACUCCCUUUCAUCGGCGGCUACUUCGUGACCGAGAUUCCACCCGAGGACAACCCAUUCUAGAUGCGAGUACGAUGUGUGGGUUUCAAGCGAUCAUAGAUGGGAUGGGCACGAAUUGUAGAUAAGAGCGAGGUACCUGCACUCUAAAAAGCAAAGAUAUCCACACACAGGAGAGUUUUCUUUUGUGCACCGA